AUGGAUCUAAGGGUUUUUUUUGAUGAAGUUUUCGUAGAACUUCCAAAUGAAUACUACGCUGACUUUGACUUCGAAACAGAAAUAACAGCUAUGGUAUUAUCUAAAAUGGGUCAUAUUCUUGGCCUUGGAUUUGAAGAUGGAUCAGUUAUUUUAUGUGAUUCGGAUUCUGGCAAUAAUAGACAUAAUAUCAAAGGACACAAAACAAGAGUAUCAUCAGUUGCAUUCUCUCCUGAUAAUAGAUUGUUCGUGUCUGGAGAUCAUGAUGGCUAUUUUCAAGUGACCGACGUAAUUACAAAACAAGUCGUAUUUUCCGAGAAAGCACCAGAUGAAAUACAAAAAGUUUUAUUCAAUCCAGAAAAUCCUGAUGAAUUUCUGGCAUUAUACGGCCUUACAAUGAAAAUUAUCAACUUAAAAUCAAAAGAAUUUAAAUUCUUCCCUGACCCCAUAUCGCUUGUUUGCUGGACUAGCAAAUAUGGAUUGAUUUGCGUUACAGAUGAUCUUCAUUUGAAUUUUUAUGAUAAAGAUUUCAAAGUUGUAGGAUCUAGUUCCCUUUCUUCCAUGAAGAAAAUCCCAUAUAUGGCUGUUUCCAAUACAGAGAAACUCAUUUGUCUCCUCAAUAUCCGUGGUGAAGGUUUUAUUUGGGAUGUUCCUGAGAUUGCUGUCGGAGUACAUGAUGAUCCUGCAUGCAGAAACGAUUACAAAGAUAGAGUUAGCGAAAUGAAAUACACAUGCUGUGUUUUUGACAGAAUGGGCGAACAUAUCAUUUUUUCAUCAAACAAAAAGCAACAAUGCAAGCUAGUAAUUUACGAAAUAGAUGCUACAGAAGUCAAGCAAGAGCUUGAUGGCCCUUCAGACCCUGUUAAUUUCAUUUUAUUCCAUCCUCAGCAGCCAGUUAUUUAUACAGCAGGAACUCCAUCAAUCAGAAUGUGGACUCCAACAUACGAAAACUCUUGGGAACAGUUUAUGCCAGGUUUCCAAAGCGUAACAAAUAAUGUCGAAUAUCAAGAGAGAGAAGAUGAAUUUGAUAUAGAUGAUUCAGUCGAACAAGAUACAAUCAUGCGAAAUGAAGGUGAAAUUAUCGAUAUAUUUACAUUUACAAAACCUCCUCCAGAUAUUUUGGUCGAUCUUCCAUUAGACAUCGACGAUAUCGUUGCCAAGAGACUGGAAAGGAAGAAGAAAGAGGCCGAAGAGGAAGAAAAGAGAAAGAAAGCCCUUCAAGCUGCAGCAGCCAUUGCAUCUGUUAAUUAA